AUGUCCUCAGCAUCUACUCACCAACCGAAAAUCCUUGUGGCCGUCGUGGGUGUCGGACUCGUAGGGUCGGAGUUGAUAAAUCAACUACUUUCCAUUCCGCCACCAUUAUCCCCGUUCAAGCUUGUCUCACUCACAUCAUCAUCACGAUCUCUCUUCACUGGGAAAGAAAGCCCAAUUGGCCCGAAUGACUCCUGGAAAUCCCUGCUCGCAUCCUCUAAGGCACCAGCAGACCUCAAGGCACUUACCGAACAAUUGAAACAGCUGGUUGGCGAAAAGGAGCGGGUUGCCUUGGUGGACAACACGUCUUCGGAAGAAGUUGCCGCUUUCUACCCUACAUGGCUCAAAGAAGGAAUCAACGUUGUGACACCCAACAAGAAGGCAUUCUCAGGAGACGCCGACUUGUAUUCUAAAAUUCUCAGUGCCAGUAGGGAAAGCGGAGCCAAGUUUCUCAACGAAGCGACAGUUGGUGCAGGCCUGCCGGUCAUCGCACCUCUCAAGGAGUUGCUUGCUACUGGCGAUAAGAUAAUCAAAAUUGAAGGAGUUUUCUCCGGAACUAUGAGCUAUAUUUUCAACAAUUUCUCAACUGGUACCCCAGAAGGACCGGCAUUCUCUUCUGUAGUGGCUAUCGCAAGAGAAAAAGGAUACACUGAACCUCACCCUGCAGAUGAUUUGAAUGGCUUCGAUGUUGCACGCAAAUUAACUAUUUUGUCACGAUUGAUAUCAAGCAUGCCCUCUGGAAGCAGUCUUCCCUCUCUACAAUCUUUUGCUUCUGUCCAGACUGCAUCGCUGAUUCCUCCCGCUCUGGAAGGCAUUCCUACUGGAGACGAGUUUAUCAAGCGUCUUCCCGAGUUCGACGACGAAUUUGCUAAAUUGAGGGUAGAAGCUAGCAAAGAAAAUAAGGUGCUUCGUUUCGUCGGUGUAGUUGACGUCGCUGGUGGCCAGGUUAGGGCAGGACUGGAGAAAUAUCCCACUGAUCAUCCUUUCGCCACUUCGCUCGGUGGCUCAGACAACAUUAUCAUGUUCCAUACCGAAAGAUAUAGUCCAAGGCCGUUGAUUGUGCAGGGUGCAGGUGCAGGUGCUGCUGUCACCGCGAUGGGAGUGUUGGGUGACCUUUUGAAAUUGGUUUAA